UUCAAACAAUAGAACAGCUAGGGAAAAAAGAAAAAGAAAAAAAUUGAAAUUCCACCCCCGGCCCGUCGAUUUUCUGGCCAACCUUCAGCUUAUCGGUUUAUUCACAUUAAAAAUUCCGUUCUCUGUCUAGAAUUCAAUCCGCUGCUUCCCCAAUCUCAUAUCCCAGGGAUUUUAGUUUCAUUUAUUUGUAGAACAUGUGUUGGCGUUGAUGAAAUUGAGGUUUCAGCAUACUCCAUCAGAUUUGGUGAUAGCUACGAUUUGAUGUUGGCUGGAGAGUGGAGAGCAAAGGAGCUGAAGAUUUGAUUUUGAGUGGUAAAUAUGUACCGGGCUGGGGCUGCAACCACUAAUCGAGGCGGUUUGCCAACAGAUAGUGGAGAUUCCACACUAACACUAGAUCAAGUUCCACGUUGGAGUGAUUCAGAGCAUAGAUACUUGUAUGAGAAUGAAGAUCCUUCUUUUCCAAAUUUAUACUUUCCAGACCCUUUGACAUCAGCCUCUGGGGGUGAGACUAGUGGCAAUGGCAUGAUAUCAAGGUUCCCUGUGGAUCAUGAAAUUAACUCAAAAAUAUAUCUUUGGAGGGGGGACCCUUGGAAUCUUGAGGUGGAUGCUGUAGUUAACUCAACAAACGAGAACUUAGAUGAAGCGCAUAGCAGUCCUGGUUUGCAUGCUGCAGCUGGUCCGGGUCUUGCAGAAGAAUGUGCAACACUGGGUGGCUGCCGAACAGGGAUGGCAAAAGUUACGCAUGCAUAUGACCUGCCGGCAAGGAGGGUUAUACAUACUGUUGGUCCCAAGUAUGCUGUGAAAUAUCACACUGCUGCAGAGAAUGCUUUGAGUCAUUGUUAUCGAUCUUGCCUUGAACUUCUCGUUGAAAAUGGGCUGAGGAGCAUUGCUAUGGGCUGUAUAUAUACAGAGACCAAAAAUUAUCCUCGAGAACCAGCUGCCCAUGUGGCAAUAAGAACUGUGAGACGAUUUCUUGAGAAACAAAAGGAUAAAAUAGAAGCAGUCGUAUUUUGUACUACAACAGCAUCUGACACAGAAAUAUAUAAAAGAUUGCUUCCGCUUUACUUUCCACGGGAUAAACAAGAGGAGGCGAUAGCUAUUUUGAAACUUCCCGCAGAUGUUGGAGAUGAAAAUGGUGAGACGGUCAUAGAUGAACGGAAAAUUAGAAUAAAGCCUUUACCUAAUUUGAAGAAGACUGGUUCAAGAAUUCAUGAAAUCUCUACUGAUCUUCCAGUCAGUGAUAUCGGGUUAACAAGACGGGACUCCUCAUACUUGGAUUCAUAUUUGGAUCCUGCUUUUAUGUCCUUGAUCAAAGAUCCAGAUCAGAGACGCAGAGAACAGUGGGAGAAAGCUGCUGAGGCACGAAGUGGUUGGAAUUUUGCUAAAAUGCUUGGAUAUGGUGACCUUGGGGGUCCUCCUUUAUCUGCCGCUGAAGAAUAUUCCCUUCAUUCUAGAUAUCUUGGCAAAGCAAAUUCACUUAACCUGUCUGAAAUUGCUGAAAUGAAAAUAGUUUACCGAGGUGGGGUUGAUAAUGAAGGUCGUCCAGUGAUGGUGGUGGUUGGAGCACACUUUUUGCUAAGGUGUCUUGAUCUAGAGCGGUUUGUGUUGUAUGUAGUAAAGGAGUUUGAGCCCUUGAUACAAAAGCCUUAUACCAUCGUUUAUUUCCACUCCGCAGCAUCCUUACAGAUGCAACCGGAUCUGGGAUGGAUGAAGAGGUUAGAGCAAAUACUUGGUCGAAAGCACCGACAUAAUCUUCAUGCAAUAUACGUCCUCCAUCCAACCUUUGGACUAAAGGCUGCGAUAUUUGGCUUGCAGCUACUUGUGGACAACAUGGUGUGGAAGAAGGUAGUCUAUGUCGAUCGUCUUCUACAGCUAUUCAGAUAUGUCCCCCGUGAGCAGUUAACCAUCCCAGAUUUCGUCUUCCAGCAUGAUCUGGAAGUAAACGGAGGGAAGGGCGUAAUUGUGGAUCCUAGAACGAAGUAUAUCUAUCAGCGGCCGUAGAUGAUGAUGUAUUGCAGCAUCUCCGCUAGUUCAGCUGGGUCACAAAGUAACAAGAAAAUUCUCUCAACUCUUUUGGGUUGUCUGUCCUGUGCAGUUCAUUUUUUGGUAGAGGUGGUAUUUUGUGUAUUGGUCUUCAUUCAUUUAGCAUCUUCUGUGUCCUACUUAAGUGUUUGGAGAUUGCAGAUUGAAUAAAUCCUAAUCCUCUUUGUCUAUAUUUUUGCUUAGGACACUUAAUCUACACACUUUAUCUGAAUUUUGUACAUUUUUAGCAUGGGAAAAUUCAUUCUU